AAAGUUUCAUUCGGGUAGUGCGGGAAGUUUGUUAGUUCGGGUGUUUGUUACAUCGAUUUAUAUAACUUGUAUGCUGCAUCCAUUGCGAUUUGCAAACGCUGCAACUAUCCGUUCAUCCUGCUGCAACAUGUGGAUGAAGAUUUGCAAUCGAGGGCUGGCGGAGAUGCGGACGCAGUAAAAAAUCAACGGACGAAGGAUUGCCAUGUUGUGUCUUGAGCCUGCGUCGAAGGAUCGCUGAGCCUGAAGGAGCAGUAAAACUGAGUGAAGAUGGAAGUGCGCACGGAACGCAUGCGAACGGCAGGACGCAUCGCGCCGACGGGUCGAGUAACGCCAACGGUGCAGCCACCCCUUGCCGGGGGCGGGAGGCGCAAAGCCAUACCGGUGCCACCCCCUCGGGUCCCGACCCCGAUGCCUGCUGUCAACAACAACCAGCAGCAGAGGAACAACGCAAAUGUCGUUCCAAUAGCCACGGUUUCAAUCCAGAAGAAAGAGCCGCAGGAAACGAUCGCCAGAAUCGCGAAACGCUAUCUGGACGACAACAUGCAGCAGGCAUGGAUAAACCCUCGGCUAAUUUCGAUGAUAAACAUGGAGGCGGUGACAUCUACGGACUACAACUCGGCUAACCUGAGCCGAAAUUUCAACCAGGUCGGCUUCAACACGUACAACUACUCCCAGUUCGAGCAGAAGAUGCGGCCAAAGCAGAUCCUCAAGUAUGGGGGUGAUGAGUACAACGGCAGCUUGGAGUACGCGCACCACUCGCAGAGGAAUUCCUCGAAGACGGGGGGGCGGCACGACUCCAGGAACGGCUCGAAGCACCCACCGGAGGGUUUGGCACGUUUCGAAGAGCGAUACACCCGGAGCCGUUCACAGCCAGAGAGGCAGCACCAAACGCACAACGAAACGCGCUCGAAAUCGCAAGAUUCGCGAGAGCUGACCCUCUUCGAGAUCCGGAGGCCGCAGCUCGGGGGGCAGCGAGAUUUCGGGAGAAACGAGCUGAAGUUCUACGAAAUCGACGGCCCGCCGCAACCGCCUCCAGAGAAAUUGAGCAAAGAGGGGAGGUCGGCUCAGUCGGAAAAGGGCGAUAAACACGGGGGUGAGAAGGAGCAUAACACCCCUAAAAACAGCUCGAAUGGAGUCACCGAUCAAGCCAAGCCUGUUCCUCCCAAAUACGAUCCAGGACGAAACACCUUUGAAUCGCAUGUCGAUGCCCAGAUACCGAAUUACAAGAAACCGCAGUCCGUCUCUGUCGUCGAACCCCCUAAGUAUCGACCCUAUGAUCGACCCCCCAGGUACCAGGAAGCUCCUCCCAAGGUUGAACCGCCUCCGAAAUAUCUUCAGGAUCCUCCCAAGUAUUCUGAGAUCGUCAAGAGGCAGCAGGAGGAAUCGAAACGUGCGCAGGAGGAAAGGCGACGUCGAAUCGGGAUCCGAGGAGUGCAGCAGGCGCCGGGAUCAGAGGCAGGAGGCGUGCCUCUCCUCGCCAGUGUAACGCCGACCGCGCGCGAAGCAGGACGGGUAGCGUCGCGUCAGCGCCCUUCCCAGAAGCCGAGCGACGUGCGUCCGAGGGUUGAAUCGUCUUUGGAAACGGUCAAGUGCAGUGAUGACCUCGGGGACCACCAGCACCAGCAGCAGCAUCAACAGCCGGUCGACGUGGUGCUCGUGACGGUCCAGGACGCCAAGCCGGAGAUGUUGAAGGCCCAGGUGGGCCUCAAGGGGGCGGCGGACUUGGGCCCAGUGGUGAAGUGCGGUGAGAAGUCGAACAAUCCUCAUGACAAGUCGGUGAUCAAGGCCAAACAGGGUGAAGGGGGUGUCAAGUUCUACGGGGAGCUCAAGUCCGGCUACGAUUUCAAGUCCUACGGCAGCAUCGACAAGCCACCCCCUUCGUCGGCCCACGAAAAGAGCCACGCGAAGAGCCUUCAAGGGUACAACGUCGCUCCCGCGAAACCGGGCGUCGAACCAUCGGGCAAAAGUGUUUACAGUGACAAGUACAGUGAGAACGGCUACGAUGGUAAUAAGCACUUUUAUAAUCACCGGUCCGCGCACCCCAAACCCAACGUAUUUCAGGUUUAUCAGGAGACCAAGUACUCAUACAACGUCAGCGGGGUUCCGGGUACUCCUGCUCAGGCUAGUGCUGCUGCAGCUUUCUUCGCUAGAGCCGCGCAAAAGCUCAACCUCUCGUCGAGCCCUCAUCGGAGACGCCGGUCUGGCGACGAGGGCAUCGCUCAGGACGAUCAACCGAUCUGCCCGAACGGUUAUGCUGCUCUUCUUCUCAAAUCUCCUCCACCGGCGCCUCCGGCUCUUCUCAGGAGGAUCGGCGUCAAGGAACUCACCGGUGUUGGAAAGGUGAAGGUGAUGCUGAGGGUGUCUUCGGGGGAAGGCGGAAGCUUCUUCAACGCUGACAAGAGAAAGAAGCAGGUGACUCUGGUGGACCCGGCUUCAGCGCAGUCGGUUUCAGCGGAGGAUCGAAGACCCACAGUAGCAGCCCCGAAGAUGUUUGCAUUCGACGCAAUAUUCACGGAGGAAGAUUCACAGACUGAGAUCUGCUCAAGUGCAUUGACGGAUGUGAUCCAUGCGGUGAUUAACGGUACCGACGGAUGCCUCUUCUGUUUCGGUCACGCUGGUCUCGGCAAGUCUCACACCAUGCUCGGAACCCCGGAGGCUGGACACACCCUCGGAGCUAUUCCCUGCGCUAUCGCUUGGCUAUUUCGUGGAAUUUCCGAACAGCGUCAAAGGACUGGAGCCAGAUUUAGCGUCCGCGUAAGCUGCGUCGAAUUGACAGCUGGACAGCAGCAGAUCAGAGAUCUUCUAGCCGCACAUGCGAAUGAUUCCGAGCAAUCGCCAGCCGUCUACCUCAGGGACGAUCCUCUCUUCGGCACCCUUCAGCUUCAGCAGCACAGCGAGCUGAGAGCCCCGACUGCGGAAAGGGCUGCUUUUUACCUGGAUGCUGCAGCAGCUGGUCGUCAACGUGACGAGGGAGACGCUCACAUGCUUUACACUCUUCACGUAUACCAGUACAGCGUAGCUGGUAAAGGCGGAGUGGCCGGUGGUCGGAGCAGAUUGCACCUGAUGGACCUGGGCAACUCUGACCGGGGAAAAUCAUCCGGUGGAAUACCACUUUCCGGCCUGGGCAACAUCCUCCUGGCGAUAUUCAAUGGGCAGAAGCACCUGCCCUACAAGGAGCACAAGCUCACCCAGCUGCUCAAGGAGUGUUUGGGCUCACUGACUUGCCACGCUGCGAUGAUAGCUCACGUCUCACCGAACGCUCAGCACUACACCGAGACUCUUACGACGGUCCAGUUGGCCUCGAGGAUCCACCGGAUGCGGAGAAGGAAGAUAAAGUUCGUCGGUGGCGCGACGCAGGGUAACGGAAGCGGCGGAAGUUCCGGCGAGGAGGCUGCCCGGCAGAGUAGCGAAUGCGAUCCCAGCUCGAGCGACCUUUCGGCCGACACCGUCAUCUACGUCGGGCCCAGCGUCGACGACGCCACCGACGGCGAACACCCCCCGGUUUACAUUCCGAGCCUGAAUUCCGGCGACAACCGCUGCGCGAUGGGCCGCGUACUCCGCGGAUCAGCUGCCGAGAGGCCCAGCCGAAUACCGGAGGAGCGAAGUCCCGCACACAAAACGACUAAGGUGGUCAAGGCCCUGACCCAGACGGCCUCCAAGCAGACGUCACCAGCGCACAGUAUUACCCCGAAGGCCAGUCCGUCCAGGAGGCCCUCCGUCAAGACGGGGACCGGCAAGGCGACCGACUCUCCGAUCAGCAAGAUCCCUGUACCAGCGCCCAGCGGUGGAUCCGACGAGCAGUGGAUCGAUGGUCCAAGGAUAUCGAAGUCGAAGGUCGCCGAGGCCAGGCACAUGCUUAAGGAGGCUCACCACAAACGGGAGACCUGGAUAGACGGACCCAUGCAGUUGACCGGCGCCCCACCCCAUGGCCAGCAUCCUGCGAGCUAUGGAUUUAUGGACAGCCACAAGAAAAGCAUGAUCAGAAAGUGGGUGGAGAACCAGACCUCCCAGAUACAGAGGACGAAGCACGUCGCCCCGAGGAUCGAUCCGAAACUUGCCGGUCACGCCUCCUCGCAGUUCAAGGAAAUGACCACCUUCAAGACCUGCGACGAGGACGACAAGUCGUCGAUAGUCGACAGCGAGAGUAUAAAGAUGGGCGAUAUCGAGGAUAUCACAGACAAGCUCGGAGCGAAGUUGAACUUGCUCAACGUGAAAUCCAACACCGAUUCUGGCCUCGAUCUCACCGCCAGUCCGGUCAUGGAGGACUGUCUCGAGAGGGGCAAAAUCGACCUUCAGGACGACGACGACGAUGACGAGGAAAUCAUCGUUCCUCCUCCUCUUCCGCUCAUCGAACCACUCAGCAACGGGGUCAGCAGGGAAGUGUCGAUGGAAAGUUUGAACCUCUCGCACAAGGACGUCGUCCUUCCAUCUCGACACUCGCUCUCCUCCGAGGACGAAAUACUCGAGAUCGUGGAGGUUGACGACUUCGAGCCUGUUCCAAUGCAGGACUCUUGUCUUCAGGUCACCGAGGAAGACAUCGCCUUCUGCAUGGGUGAAAAUCCCUUGCCCGAAAGCGAUCAGGAAGAACAUCCUCUGAGGAUACUUAGCCAGGAGAAUCUCACCGUCGUCUCCACCUUUACUGACUCGAUGUCAGUGAUGUCAGACACGGACCGUUACCGCCCCCAGUAUCCACCGUCAGCCGGAAUGGGGAUGCUGCCUCGACCUUACUUCGACCACGAGGACUUCCUGGAGCAGGAGACCAGGCACAAGUUCGAUCAAUUGGCCCGACUCCACGAACUCUAUCAGAGCAAACUCGCCCUCGCGAAUGUUUCCAAUUCCUUGACUUAUCAGAGGGAGAACUCCUCUUCGAUGAGCAUUCGUGACACCCCAUCCGCCACGGUCCUUCGACCGCCAUCCCGUUGCCAAUCAUUGUCGCUGUCAGACGUCCUUUUCAACGACACCGCGAGCAACCAUGGAAGUAUUUACAGCGAGCCGGCUUACAUACCAGGAAAGACGGAGCAGGAAAAAAUAUGCGACAACUGCCGGCAGAGCAUGUCCCGUCCAGCAACAGCCUCUUAUUGGUACCCAGGCAGCGUCGCCCACCUCGCAUCCCCCAGGAGGUACUGCGGAAAAUUCGGCGACUGCAGCAUAUCCAGCUUGAGGCAUCCGGACGGUGCCUCGAACCCGAACCUCAAGGAAGAAGUUGAAAGGAUACCCGGCAAUGGCGCCUCGGGGUCUGAUCCUGAAGAGGAAUACAUCGAGGCUAAAAAACUCUUCACCACCGCCGAAAGGGACGAGAGGACGGUUACAGGAAAAUCGGAUAUUGAAGAGGAGAACGGAACCUCAGCUCCCGUUCCACUGCAGCUUUCUAUUCCGCCAUCAUCGAUUCCAUCCCCAGGAAGAACGCAGCGGAAGAUACUCAGUCUGGGUUCUUCGCUGGUCCUGAAUAAAGAAGGAUACGAUUCGGGCGCGGACUCGACACCACGUGCGGCAAAGUUGUCCCCAGCAACCCUGUCGAGACACAGAGCAGAAAGCUCGGGUUACGACAGCAUCGUCAGAGACAGCGAGACCAGCAGCAUAGCGAGUGACUCUUCGCGACAAACGAGCGCGCUUCAAGAACACCAAGCGGUGGGACGGCUGGUGGACGAGUCCGCGGAGCUGCUGCAUCGGCGGGUGCUGGUCGACCCGGUGCCGGUCCUCCAAGAGGAGAUACUCGCCUACUCCGUCGAGGACGUGGCCCUCCUGGAACGGCGCGCUCGAGUUCGCUCGGAACCGCGUGGCACGUUGUCCAGGAUACACAACCUGCGGCUGCACCAGCGCCUUCUUAGGCAAGAACUCAGGGAGGCGAAAAAACGACUCAUGAUACCCUCAAACCGAUGGAGCUUUGAACUCCACGUGGAAGACAGCAUGGACUGGCAGGACCCUUCGUUCCUAGAGGCCCUGGAAGCGGAAACGUUCAUACUGCAGAAGAGGGUUCAGGCCUGCAAGAGCCACGUACUUCUGGUUACUUGUUUCGACUCUCGUCCGAUGGAGCGUCGCCGAGGGAUCGAACCACCACCGGGUAUAAAAAUUACUUAACAGAGAUUGGUUUCGAUGCUAAAGACCGUUUGCUGACCUGCACUAAUCGACUCGCCUAUAAAUAUUGGAAUUUCAUAGAAACACUUCGUCCUCGAGUUAUAUGUAUAUUGAAUGUGAAUGAAUAACGACGAUAAUUGACAUGC